UUUGCGGCCAACGUGGAAACGUUAAGCGGGGAGCAAAAGUCUUGCCCCACAUGCGGGGAAAAACUCAUCCAGACCAAAGGGAUCGAAGUGGGGCACACAUUUUAUCUGGGUACCAAGUAUUCCUCUGUCUCCAAUGCAGUCUUCUACUCCCCUGAGAACAAACCUCAGCUGGCAGAAAUGGGUUGCUACGGCCUGGGUGUCACUCGUAUCCUGGCAGCCUCCAUUGAGGUGCUCUCUACAGAGGACAGCAUCCGUUGGCCGAGCCUCAUCGCUCCCUACCAGCUCUGCUUCAUCCCCCCAAAGAGAGGCAGCAGGGAGGAGGAGGGGGAGGGAGAUGCCCUGCUGGAGAGGGUGUACGAUGACCUUGCUGAAGCGCUGCCCCACCUGGCUGGCGACUCAGUGCUGGAUGACAGGACGCAGCUGACCAUCGGCAAAAGGCUAAAGGAUGCCAGCAAGCUGGGUUAUCCCUACGUGGUUGUAGCCGGGAAGAGGGUUUGUGAGGACCCCCCGGUCUUCGAGGUCUGGAAUCAGAAUGCUGGCAAGGUUUUGUUCCUCACCAAGGAAGGUGUCAUUGAGUUACUGAGUAAAGUGCAAGUCCCUUAA